CCUACCUGGACUCACCUGGCCGGGUGAAAGUCUGGGAAUGAUUAUUCCUGUGCGCUUGUAAUUCUCCCAUAAAAAAAAAAAAAAAUGCCCAAACACUGAGGGAUUAUACAUUAACCAGCUAAACUCCAUUGGCUCCUUGAGAGAAAUAUUUUUGACCUUCACACUGUCCCCCACCCCUCCUUUCCACCAUACCCAAACCUCCUCCUCUGCCUCCUCCUCCUCUCCGCAAAAUUUUCUUUUUUUUUUUUCUUCUCUUCUUCCCCACCUCCUCGAACUCAAAAACAAGACUUGUUACUAGUUAUAGGUAAUUCGGGGUCGGAGAAGCCUGCGAGAGUGGACUCCCCCCUCCUCCUCUUCUGAGACAUAGAGAUUUACAGUUCACUGAGUGACAUCGAGACUGGAACAGCGGAAGUCUCUCUCCAGUCAUGACUUCCAACAUAAACCUUGGCCCGUCUGCCAACCCAAAUGCAAAACCAACUGACUUCGACUUCCUGAAAGUUAUAGGAAAAGGAAGCUUUGGAAAGGUUCUGCUGGCCAAGCAUAAAAGUGACAAUAAGUUCUAUGCUGUGAAAGUUCUACAGAAAAAGACCAUUCUAAAGAGAAAAGAGCAAUCUCACAUCAUGGCCGAGAGGAAUGUUUUGCUGAAGAACCUAAAGCAUCCAUUCCUUGUGGGCCUGCACUAUUCCUUCCAGACCCCUGAGAAGCUCUACUUUGUCCUGGACUAUGUAAACGGAGGAGAGCUUUUCUUCCACUUGCAAAGGGAUCGUACUUUCCUGGAGCCACGGGCACGUUUUUAUUCAGCAGAAGUGGCCAGCGCUAUUGGCUACCUACACUCUCAGAACAUUAUCUACAGGGAUUUGAAGCCAGAAAAUAUCCUACUUGACAGCCAGGGUCAUGUGGUGCUGACUGAUUUUGGACUCUGUAAGGAGGGGAUGGAAGCAGAAGGAACCACCAGUACUUUUUGUGGGACACCUGAGUACCUAGCACCAGAAGUUCUAAAGAAGCAGCCAUACGAUCGCACAGUAGACUGGUGGUGUCUGGGUGCAGUCCUUUACGAGAUGCUUUAUGGACUGCCGCCAUUUUAUAGCCGGGAUGUGUCACAGAUGUACGACAAUAUCCUCCAUCAGCCUCUGCAACUACCAGGAGGAAAAACCACUGCAGCCUGCGACAUUCUCCAGGGCCUUCUACACAAGGAUCAGCACUGUCGUCUGGGAGCCAAAGCUGAUUUUCUGGAAAUCAAGAAUCAUGUGUUCUUUAGUCCAAUAAACUGGGAUGACCUGUAUCAAAAGAAGAUUCACCCACCCUACAAUCCCAAUGUUGCUGGUCCAGGUGAUCUGCGGCACUUUGAUCCAGAGUUCACACAAGAGGCAGUGCCUAGCUCUGUGGGUCGUACUCCUGACCUGAAUAAUACCAGCUCCAGCUGUUCCAAUGCCUUUAUUGGCUUCUCCUAUGCACAAAGUGAUGAUGACAUUUUGAGUUGAGACUGAAGUUAAAGCCUUAAAAAUUUUUACAAGUAUAAAUAGUACCAUAUGCGAGUAACAAGCGACCUGAGCCUGAUGGAUUAAUAAAGACCUUGUCCCAACAAUCACAGAGACCUUAAGGUGUCAUUGGUUCUUCCCAAAGACAAACUUCAACUGGAACCUUCAUAAGGAUGGAGAGCUAUUUAAGGGGAGCGUGGAUUAUGUGUAAAUCAGAGACUGUCAUGUCGAUCAUCUGAAUAUAUUGUAAAAAAUGAUUACAAGUCUCCAGGUCACCAAGCACAUCUGUUUGUACCUAUGUGUUCACUGCAUUAUGAGUGUCUUAGGCUGCAUUCACAUCUCGUUUUUGCAAUACGGGUCCCGUAUCCAGUUUCUGUACAAAAAACGUAUGUCUACAAACCGGACCGAAACGUAUGCAACCGUAUAUGCCUCCUUACGUUUUUUUAAACCGUAUACGGUUUGAAAACCGAUGUCAGUUUUCAUACGUUUUCCUUGAAACAAACGGAUACGGUUUAUGUUUGUCAACAUUUUAAAUAAAGUUCUUUUUUUUAUUGAAUUUAAAAAAAAAAAACAGUAUUGUGCAAACCGGAUGUAACCGUACGCACAUACGGUUACCAUAGAACUCCAUUUUAAAAUAACCAUAUACAGGUUGGAUACAGUUUUUCAACCGGACUUCAAACCGUAGUAGACUACGGUUUUGUGUGUGGGAAAAAAACCGCAUACAACCGUAAAUGAAGCAAAACGUACGCAACCGGAUGCUACGGUUGUCAUACGGUUGUCAAUGUAAUGUCUUUGCAUACGGUUUGGAAUACGGUUCAAUGCAUUUUUUUUUUUUGCUGAAACCGGAUACGGCAACCAUAUUGCAAAAACGAGAUGUGAAUGCACGAUUUUUCUAUACAGUUUUUGGAUCCGUUUUUUUUUUUAACAUAUGCAACCGUACAGCAAACUGUGGCCAUAAACUUUCCAUUCAAAACCGUAGGCACCAUAUUGUACACGGUUGUCUCCAUUUUUCAAACCACACGUUUUUUUUCUUUUUUUAUUUCUGGACAGAAAACCGUAGCCUACCACAGUUUUUUGUCCGGGUGAAAAACCGUAUUGACCCGUAUACGUUUUUUUAAAACAUGGGAGUCAAUGGGAACUGCACUGAUCUGUAUGUGCAUACGGUUCCAUCCAGUUUUCACCAUACGGUUUUUGACUUUGCACAGUUUUUUUUCUUGGAAUUUCAAUCAAACAAGUGAAACUUUAUUCAUAAUGGAGUGAAAAGUUCAAAACGUAUACGUUUUUUUUUCUUAAAAAAAACGGAUGCAACUGGACAUCAUUUUUCAAACCAUAAAACUUUGCACACAUGUAUGUCUACAUGUUCAGUCAGGUUUUGAGGAAUCCGUUUUUUUUAAUCAAAAACCUGAUAAAAAAAACUGUAUUGCAAAAACGAGAUGUGAAUGCAGCCUUACAAGGUUUGUUUU